CGGUGUAGUAGCCGCCAACGCGCUACGUACCGUCAUGUCUGCUACACCCCAUGGAUGCUCUAUCCAAUCCAACACCCCGGAUAUAUUGACUUAUCGUUACCAAGAGCAAAUGGUUUACGUUAAGCCAGCCUCCCAAUAUGAUCAAGCUGUCGCAGACGCAGUGAUGGCCUUUCCAGAGCUCUCGGGACUCGACCGCGAUCGAAUAUCAUUCUCCCUCACCGUCUUCGUUCAGAAUACGACUAAGACGGUCACGAUCUCCCCGAAUGCCUGGCCUGCCGUCAUCGCGACCCUUUCGCGGUUCGAAAUUCUAGACGUCAACGUUCGGAGGGCGAUCAAGGACGAACCUCCGGUAUACGCAGAGUCUGCCGACUUGCUGGAAGCUCCGGGCAUGAAGGAACGAUCCCGUUCUGCGCCGCCUCCAGGCCGCAUACAGUCAUGGUUAGGAAAGCGUCUUUAACCCCCGGGCUUCGUUCAGACCGCGGGGCGGUCCUCCCGCUGGCCUUGCGUAGCAACCGCGAAACCGUACUGCCCACACCUUCCAAGAUGUGUCACUAUGUUGCGACUGUCGUAUGUUCCGUCAAUGGUCCGCUUCUCCAUGUCCAUGUCGGGUCUUGCGACCUUUUUCCCCACAUUCAUUACUUGAAAUCGUCGGUGGCGCGGAGGAGGGCUGACCUACUGCGGUAUCGGGCCUGCUCUGUGUGCCACUAUAACUCAGAUUCCAAAUUUUAAUUGAUGCUCUCCCCUUCUUGUUGUUCCUUGACAAUUUGCUGCAUGUGGUUUCUUUCAUGUUGGAUGUAUUUGUUUUGAUGCCUUUCAACAUGAAUGAUACCAAACAUAUCUCCUUCUAGGGCCCCAUGGACUAUGAUCGGACGCCAAGGAGUGCUGCACUUCCGGUAUAUAGUGCAUGGUACUCGUCGCACCUUCACGUCCGACCCUAUCAGUAUCCUCCACGGUCACAUCGGACACCAUAUCAAGACCUAUAUAGCCCUUGUGCGCUUGCCGCCCGGGCGAAAAAGAGCACAAG